CGAUUCGGCCCGACGCAACCCACGUCGUUCAUGUGUAGAUAUCGGCGAUUUCCGAUCCCACUCGUUUUUCGACGGUCACAGGCUUCACAGAUUCUCUCCACGAUGGAAUUCUGCAAUUCCCUCUUCUUCUUCACUCUGUUAAUCAUCCUCCCUCUCGCUAGGUGCGAUCAUACUGGCUCGGUGCUUUUCGUUGAUAGCUCCUCGCACCAAUAUCUUCGAUCUCAUUCGCCUGAUGAUGGCUUCGAGGUCAGUUCAAUGUCACUACAAGAAGUUGGUGCUGCUGUGUCAGUCUUGCUUGGUUUUGCACCGCCUUCAACGCUUUCAGCUUCUGGGUCAUCUAAGCUGAAUGGGAUUUUGAUGCCAAAUCCGCUUGAUAGGCCUCGUUCAGUUUUUAUGCUUGAAAUUAAAGGAGAAUAUGACCCUGAAAUUGUAAGCCUGGGAACAGGCAUGUCCAGCAAUGUUCUUAUGAGCAAGGUUCAUGUAGGUCCUGAGAGUGCUGACAUCCUACUUCCUGGCGAGGAUGAAGUUUCUGUUGUUCCUUUGAAUGAACCAUUAUCUGAUUUUACUGAUGAAGAUAUUAGAGAGUUUGCGUCUUUCAUUGGUGGAUCAUAUGUUGCUGAUGCAUCAAAAACUUUAAAUGGAGAGUUUACUGUGGCUGAUGCUGUUAAGAUCAAUCUUCAUCUGUCUAAGACAGGGGACAGAGAACUUAUAGGCAGUCUCUUGUCUCUCUAUCACAAUAUUAAGAGGGCUGUGCACAUUCAUGAGGAUUUGUCACAAAAUGUGCAAAGUCCAUCUGAGCUCAUCACUGGCUCUUUCAAUGGCAUCAUGGCGUUUCAAGAUGAAAGUGAUUCUGAAGGAGAUGCUGAUAAUAGAUCGAGACUAUUUACUGUUGCUCUGUUCAAAAUAUUCCACUUACUCCAAAAAGCGUAUGAUGGUCAAAUUGUUGGAGUUGUUUACUUUUCUGGAUCUUCGUCACCAAAGGCAGGAGAAGGAUUAACUGUGAUGUUUAACCCUCGGUUGACUCCACGUUGGUUGGUGGAAGAAGCCAAAGUUAACUCGACUAUUCACGAAGUGAUAUUGGUUAGGACAACCCUUGCCUGGAUCACAGGAAUCAUUCUUUUGAUUGCUACUCUUAUGGGGUCAUGCUGCCUUCUAAGGAUGCCUCUGACGAGGGACACCCUCCUCUAUUCUAAUGUGAAAUUGGACUAAGAUCGAAUGAAACCGCCAACUACGUAGAUGAUGCCCGAGAUGAUCUAUGUCUGCCAUUGAAGCAUUGAGGGCAUGGGAUUUGUGUAAGUGCCCUUUCAACAAUGUUCUUGUCUACAUUUUGGUGUAGAAAACUUUGGUAUUAUUAACUGUAGCAAUGGUAUGAUGUGCUUCCUACAAGAUAAUUGAUGGCUAUAUAAUUGGAUCCACAACAAGCUUUGGGUUGUAUAAUAAAGUUAUUUUUGAAAUGAGAUUCGUUUAUGUAUAUUAUCAUCAAAAGCCACAACUCAUAGAGAGCUCGAAACACUUUUUAUUGGUGAUGAGUUGGCAGUGCAUUGAUUCCAUCUUUGUUGUACUUUAUUUUUUGUGAACAUUGAGUUUUUCCAAGGUCCAUAAUAAAUUUCCAUCACUAGAAAAUCUUUAUUAUA